GCAAGAUGGCGGCGCUCGGGCCCUGCCACGCAGACUUCCGCCGGGCGCAGAGACCCAGGGCGUUCUGCGGGCCGCUAAGGAGGUGAAGUCGGGACGCGCGUGGUGUGGAGCCACAGCCCGGGCAAAAUGUCGCAAGGAAACGCUGCGGGCGAGCCGAGUGCUCCGGGAGGUCCCCGCCCCCUCCUCUCUGGGGGACGGGGGCUUAUCGGGCGGCGACCGGCGCCUCCACUCACUCCAGGUCGCCUUCCCUCCAUCCGCUCCAGGGACCUCACCCUUGGAGGAGUCAAGAAGAAAACCUUCACCCCAAAUAUCAUCAGUCGGAAAAUCAAGGAAGAGCCCAAGGAAGAAGUAACCAUCAAGAAGGAGAAGCGUGACAGGGAUAGAGACCGACAGCGAGAAGGGCAUGGACGGGGCCGGGGCCGUCCAGAAGUGAUCCAGUCCCAUUCCAUCUUUGAGCAGGGUCCAGCUGAAAUGAUGAAGAAAAAGGGGAACUGGGAUAAGACAGUGGAUGUGUCAGACAUGGGACCUUCUCAUAUCAUCAACAUCAAAAAAGAAAAGAGGGAGACAGAUGAAGAAACGAAACAGAUCCUGCGCAUGCUGGAGAAGGAUGAUUUCAUCGAUGACCCUGGGCUGAGGAAUGACACUCGAAACAUGCCUGUGCAGCUGCCACUGGCCCACUCAGGGUGGCUUUUUAAGGAAGAGAAUGAAGAGCCAGAUGUUAAACCUUGGCUGGCUGGCCCCAAGGAAGAGGACAUGGAGGUGGAUGUCCCUGUUGUGAAAGUGAAAGAGGAGCCCCGAGAUGAGGAGGAGGAGGCCAAGAUCAAGGCUCCUCCCAGGACAGCCAGAAAGACCCCGGGCCUCCCAAAGGACGUAUCUGUGGCAGAGCUGCUCAGGGAGCUGAGCCUCACCCAGGAAGAAGAGCUGCUGUUCCUUCAGCUACCAGACACGCUCCCUGGCCAGCCGCCUACUCAGGACAUCAAGCCUAUCAAGACAGAGGUGCAGAGUGAGGAUGGCCAGAUGGUGGUUAUAAAGCAGGAGAAAGACCGGGAAGCCAGGCUGGCAGAGAAUGUGUGUACCCUGGCUGACCUGACAGAGGGUCAGGUUGGCAAGCUGCUCAUCCGCAAGUCAGGAAAGGUGCAGCUCCUCCUGGGCAAGGUGACCCUAGACGUAACAAUGGGAACCGCCUGUUCCUUUCUGCAGGAGCUCGUGUCCGUGGGCCUUGGAGACAGUCGGACUGGUGAGAUGACGGUCCUGGGACACAUAAAGCACAAACUUGUAUGUUCCCCCGAUUUUGAGUCCCUCUUGGAUCACAAACACCGGUAAAAUGAGCAGAUGGAGGAUGAUGGUGACUGUGCCCACGGCUGCUGCCUGCUCCAGACGUUUUGUUCUCAAAUCUGUGCGACCCAGAAGGGGCCUGUUUAGCCCACCCACUCCAGCCUUUGGCAGCCAUUGUCCCAGUUUCCCCCACAGAGCCCACGUGGCUCCCUCCCACGGCAGCUGUGAAUGGCACAGUGGCCUUCCCACAGCAUGGAUCCUGCACAUCCUUGCUGCUGGGGGACUUGUCCCUUCUAUUUAUUUUUAUAUUUAUGUCUUAUCUCUUCAAGUGACUGUACCCUCCCCAGGUAGAGAGGGGAGGGUCUGUGGGAAAGUCCAUGCUCCUCCUUUUGCUGAGUGGCUUGUUCUCAGGGUAGGAAGCGUAAGGACUGUUGCUGCUUUUGCUCCCUUCUCUUUUUUCCAAGAAGCAUUGUUGGAGAGAGAGCAGGGAAUUUUUGAGUCUGGGACUCAGUGCUCAAUCCCAGCUCCAUCAGUUACUAGCUGUGCGACCUUGGACAAACUACCUAACCUCUCUGAGCCUCAUAUUCCUCAUGGGACAAAAAUGAGGAUAAUACCUACCUCACAGGGUUGGUGUGAGGAUGAAGUGGAAUGCUGUAGAUGAAAACUCCUUGCACAAGGCCAGAUAAACACAGUGGGCACUCAAUAAAUGUUAGUUUCCCUUC